UUAUGAUUAGAUAUGGAUACGAGUACGACACAAGAACCGCCUCAAGUGUGCCUGUGACGUACUGUAGCCUACUGUACCGUAGUAGCUCAGUUGGCAUAGGAAUGUGCGUCUGAAACGAGUAGCGAGCAUGAGAGCGGCCCUUGCUUGAGGACGCAGAGAUGGAUAUGGGAGUGGGCAUGGAGGAGGAGGUGGAGCAGUCCUGGUCCCUGCUGUCCUGGGUGGCCUCCUGUGUCAUGGUGUUCGGGGGGGUGGUACCCUACGUGCCUCAGUAUCAGGAAAUACAGAGGACCAGCAACACAGAGGGAUUCUCCACGCGGGUUUGCCUGGUCCUUCUCCUGGCUAACAUUCUCCGCAUCUUCUUCUGGAUUGGCAGGCAGUUUGAGCUGACGUUGCUCGUCCAGAGUGUGGUGAUGAUUCUCACCAUGCUGGCCAUGCUACAUCUCUGCUGCUCUAUCCAGAGCACCAACCGGGUCUCUACUAAACAGCACUACAUCACAGACUUGGACGUGCGCUACUUCUGGCGCUGGAGCAGGUUCGAGGAUUACCUGAUCUUCUGCUUCGCCUUCACGGUGCUGUCCGCCUUCGUCACCUUCCUCUUCCUGGACUCGGAGCUGUUCGUGGAGGCGCUGGGCUCGCUGGCGGUUAUGUUCGAGGCCAUGCUGGGUCUGCCGCAGCUGCUGCAGAACCUCCAGAACCGAUCUACCAGGGGCAUGAGUGUGAAGAUGGUGCUGCUCUGGAUGGCUGGCGACGUCUUCAAGACGACGUACUUUGUGGUGAACGAGAGCCCCACCCAGUUCUGUGUGUGCGGGACGGUUCAGAUCCUGGUGGACGUGGCCAUCCUGCUGCAGGUGUUCUACUACGGCCAGGAGAUGAGAGUCAAGCUGGGCUGACCACGCCCGACUCAGGCCACACCACACCACUCCAUUACUGACUUCGCCCCUAAUCAACACCUCAUUUGCAACGUGGCCAAUGUUUUAUUUGUUAUUCGUUUGUUUUUGUUUUUUAAGACACAAUGGCCUUUAUUCUUAAAGCAUCUUGGAGCAGGAGUGCUGAUCUAAGAUCAGUUUUACCUUUUAACUCAUGGAUAGGAAUGGGUAGGAUGUGAUGAGGGGAAACCUGACCCUAGAUCUGCACACCUAUGCUGUAAGAUUCUUCAUGAACUCUUCCCAUGUCUGUCCAUUAUUCGUGUUGUUUAUCAUGCGGGGAAUUCCUUUUGCCUCAGAAGAGCCACGUGUCGAAUGCAGGUGAACUGCAGCUAGUGUCAAAGAAGCAGUUGUGCCUCUGGACUGCAGGAACGAAAGCUGGUGCGGUCCAUUAUGUCACAGGCCAAAGGGUAAAAUAGCAGCUAGCAGUUUUGUGACACAAAGGAAUGCCCCUUAAUCUUCCUUUCAAGCGGUGUCAUUCUAGAAGGGAAUCACCCCAACAGAGUCCUCUAAAGUCUUGUUCAGAUAAAAAGGUCAAUAGCCGGUGAGAGUUUGAGGAGAAAUGUUGUUCAUUGUGAACUACUUGGUUUCAGAACGUCUCAUUGCAGCUGCUGUGGUCUCCAAGACUAAACAAGUCGAAUCGUGAGUCAAAGUAGGUGUUGACCUACUCCUACCUUGUUGUAGAAACAGUACCAUCUGCUUUCAUGUGAAGUAUGCAGUUUAUACUCAGUGGCAUUCUGGGGUUUUUAAAUAAUAACUCACCAUUUUCAUCUUGUCUGCCAUUGCAAUUUUUAUAUGAACUGGUCUUAAGGAAAUCUACCAAGCUCCAGUCACCAGAUACCUAUGGGAAUUUCUUUAAGUAGGGAAACACCCCAUGGAAAGAAAUUCCCAAUGAAACAGGCUGCAUCUGUGUAAAUUAUAUCUGUGAACAGAAAAUAGGUCACCAUCAUCUUUUAUGCUAAUAUGUUGUGACUUUAAACAGUUUUUUGGUGCUUGUUGCGGUGUUGCACUUGUAUGAUUUGGCUGUUGAUUAAUUUUUUUAUGAGGCUUUUAUUUAUAUUUAACAGCUUGAUGAAAUUAUGAAUGUUGAUUCUGCCAAACAGCCUAAUAGAUUUUUAGAAAAAUCUUAUAAUCAAAGUGGCAUUUAACAGGGCUUUGCAUUUUUUACAAACAGGAUUGAAUAUUUUAAGUUUUUUUUACAGACACGAAAAUAAUUACCAGAAGCCAGUUGACCCGUGUAGACUCUGUUUUCAGGCACUGAAUUUGGCAUUAACAUUUUAGGCAUUUUUCCAGUCCAUUGUGUGAUGACAUUGGUGCCAAAUUAACUUUGUGUCUGUGGAUGCGUGGUGCCCUACAAAAGAAAAUCUUUUUUUCAAAAUUGAAUGUUCAUUUUCGCAGAACAUUUUUUCUAAAGGGGUGAGGAGGUUGAGUCUUAGAGAAUGUGUCUGAAACGGUGCUGAAAAUAUCAAGCUCUGAGCUCCCACCUCACAUUCACCUUCCGGAAUGUUUUGCGACUCUUGCCUUGAGAACACCAUCAUUGUCAGAGCAGGCCAAAAUAUUGCUCAAGAAUUGGCGUUUUUGUGAAAUGGCCCUUUUACAGUGCCAGUGUGGUCAUAAAAACAGAUUUUAUCACAGAGGAGGGUGCGGGUUCGAACCUUAUCUGAGCCAAUGGCAUGUCAGAGAAAGAGAGAGAGAGAAUUACCAUAGCUUAACACAACGCAUUUAUGGCAUAUGGAUGAACGCGUAACUGUGUACGGACCGCGCGCGUUCUUUCUGAUAUUCAUCUCGUGUUGAUGUACCCCCAAUCUCACAGUGAUCCGUUCCCCUGGAGAAGCGUUAGCAUAUUGCAGAGGUGUCAGUAAUGCUGGAGCAGGGGAGCUUUAUCGACUGACCCUUUCACUCUGAUCCCGAAGCAGCUCCGUCAGCGUAAAGCAGGUCAACGGUGGAUUAAUCCAUCACGCCGCUCGUCUAAUCUCGCGCUCGCCGAUCGCGGGGAAUCCGGCGCCCGGCGUUUUUCGGCUCCGCGAUUUGGCGUCGUUGGCAUAUGUUCUCCCAGAGGCUCCGCGGUGCUGAUCCUUACGCUGCUAUUGCAGCUAUUUAAAGCCGCUCGGUUCAUUCGGUUUGCCCGCAGUUCAUUUGUUUUAGCGCAGCCUGACAGCCUGGGUAACGCCUGGGUCACUGAGGCAAAAAUCAGGGCAAGAUGGACUGGCCGGCAAAGUGCGCGGAUCCCACUGUCUAAAGGAGAACUACGGGAGGUCAGCAUUUAUUCAGGCUAGUUCAAUGCGUGUUGACAUAGCAGAUAGUAUAGCAUAGUUGUUUCAGAAUAGAUAUUCAUGGCUCACACCCCCUUCUCCUCUCGCGUACUGUCAUUUGAAAUUCGACACUGAUCGCACUCCAAAUUUCACCGCUAAGACACAAGUAAAGUACCCACCAAAAACAGGAAGAUGGUUGGAACACAGACUGAGCAAAAUCACUGAAAUCCGCCAAGAUGUACCCACAGCUUUUUUCAUGUGCAGUAACAACACGUAUCUGCCUAGAGCAUAGGUGUCAGAAUCCAAUCCUGGCAUGCCCCAGUGUCAACUGGAUUUUUGGGUGUUUCACCACCUGUUAUUCUUUAAAGUUGUUGAUUGGCUAAAGAAUCCAUGCACUUUGCUCUCAAGGCCGUAUCUGGCUCCUGAUUGGAAGGAAAUCACAAACGCCAGCAGACAAUGCGGCCAUCCAGGACUUGAGUUUGACACCUCUGGUCAAGCCAGUGCUGUUACUGUGCAGAACACUGUGGGUACGGUGGGUAAUAUUUACUGUUGUAGUAAACUAUGCCCACAGCCAACAUACUACUGAGCACAGCGAGCAGCUUUUCUGCUGGCAUGACAAGUUACGAGGAUGUUUGAGCCGGAUAAUCUCAGGAUAAAUCAAGUUGAAUGCUGCAUAAUGUAAUCUGUCUAAGAGUAGGCAUUAGCCUAAGGAUAUUUAUUUGCCUUUCAGGUUUUUUUGACCUGGUACACUGGAAGACGUUUGAUCUUGUUACAGAAAUUUGACGUCUCUCCUUUGGGUAAUGAUUGCAUCUUCAUUUUGUCACAGUUUGGGCUUUGGCUCUUUCCUCUGCAUUCAAACUAACAGUGUGUGUGAAUGCACUUCCUUGAGGAGAGAAAACAUUAUAAUGGAAGAGACUCAGGCCAGGUCAGUGUUUUUUUUACAGCAGUCUGGGCUGUUACAUGAUGUUUUCUGCAUUGAUAGUCACACUCAUUUGCUGGUCUGUAGCAUACUGCAUUAGAAUAUUAUGACCCUGUUUGAGCUCCUGAAAUCCAGGCUCUCUGGUUACAAUCGAUAGACCUCUUUUUUACCGCAGGGCAGCCUCAACACCUGUAAUUUCAAAUUCGAAAUAGAACCACACUGAUGAAUUAUGGUUAAAAUGGUGGAAAUAAUGAACAUAUUGAACUAAUUGGUUUGUUUGAUGUGAAUAUAUAUGUCACUCAUCUGGAAACAAAACUGUUUGUAGUGUCAUUUGAAUUCUUCAACUAGAAAUGCCUUUUUUACCUACUACAAAAAAUACAAAUACAAUACAUUUAAAAAAGUAUUAUUCAUUCAUAUUACAAUGAGAGCAACUGCAACGACAUAAAAAACUCAGUCAUGUGGAGAACACAAUAAAUAUUUGUUCAUACAAAACAAACAUCAACUGGGUGGCAUGUCCUAGCAAUUGUGGAACAGCUGCUUAUAUAACCUAGCAGUAAUAUUAUUACACAUCCCCCUGUGCAAGAUGUCUUUCCGGAAAGGCCAGUAGGUGGUUGUGAACUCUGAGAUUGUCACUUUGACAGUAAUAUAUUCUCAAAAUUCUCCAGAGCGGAAACCCAGGUAGGUUGUAGGUCAUAUGAAAUAUUUAGGCGUGUUAGCCUAGAUUAUGGAUGAGGAGUCAAAGCUUUUGAUAUUCCAGAAUAUUUUCCAUAGAUUGAAAGAACAUAAAUUAGUAAUGGCGCCAGUGCUGAAAGCCUAGGGAAUUCUGGGUAAUAAUGGCACAGGAUUAUGGACUGCAGUGGAGCCCAGUCAAAGAUGUCAUCCACUUUGUGUUAACACAAUAAUGCUAUACAUGAUUUUUAUUUGGCCAAAAAAUAUUAAAUGUACUGGCUGUAUCAUUUCAGACUGCAUAGCAGCUUAAUUUACCUUUAAGCAAUAGAAACAGUAUAUACUCUUACCUUUCUUUGACCUGCCAAAGAGUGGCCUGCCAAAUAUAAUUUUAUUUUAUUUUAUUUUAUUUAUUUUUUUCUGAUGAGGGGGUUGGUGGUGGUAUGAAUUCAUUUAAGAUUUAUGAUUUCUGGUGUAUCAGAAUUUUACUAAUGCUAUAAAGGCUUUUGUUUUAUGAAGCAGCCAGUGGGUUUCAUUUUUGGAUUUAAUUCCAGACUGUAACAUAAAUCAUACUAAAGCCAUUUCUGUCAUUAGUCAUUUAAUUAUGAAUGUGUUCAUUGUCAAUGAUUGUAUUAGUGUUAAUUUAUCAAUUAUAUUAUGUUUUUAUGUUAUUAUAUAUUCUGUGUAAUCAUUAAUGUUCAUUUCAGCCCAUUAUCCUGGGUUAUGGAAUGUGUCCAACUCUUUCUAUGCAUAGUGGAUGGUCCUAGCUUUAGCUCAGACUUUUCAUUUCCAUUUUGUAAAAACAUGUAAGUAAUCAUUCAGAUUGAUUAAGCGCAGUCAGCAAGCACACGUUAUUCAUGAGCUGUAUAGUCGGAUAUUACGCUCACGACACACAGCAUCUGGGAAUGUCACUAUUUUUAAGUAUCAUAUGAAAAUCGACAUUGACACAGAGAGAGGUCAAAGACAGAGAUUGAAGACUGGUUAUGUGGCUGAAGCUCACCUAUAAAAGCCCCCCCCCAAAGACAUUUAAAAAAGUUUAAAGGGACAGCUAACCCAAAAAUAAUACAAAGCUAUGUUUACACUUAUCUGGAGUGCUAUUAUCCAGCCAAACAUUUUUGCUGAGAUUUGAUGAGUUUUCCAGAAAUCUGCUGUAGCUCACCUUGAUACAAAAGACCUCAACAUGGUGAAUGUUUGUGGUGCUCAAAGCGCCAAAAAUUAACACAGGAAAAACUCAGCAGCAUUGUCUCUUUCCAGAUUUAAUGACACAGUUACUUACAAACAUCCACAGACCUUGUUGUGCACGGUUUCAUCUAAGCCAAAUUUCUACACCAACUGUCUUCAUCCGCGAAAAGUCUCAACUAAAGCCUGUAUUCUGGGGUACAGUGUCAAAAGGUGGUGGAGGGGCUAUUUGUAAAAAGUGCUGUAAUUUCUAUAUGGUGAUACCAAAAUGUAUAAAAAAUACCCUUUAAUAAAAACUGAGAAUCUUCUGUUUAA